AUGGGUGAGGUGGAGUUGUCCUGUCUGGCUUAUGCCAAAAUGUACCUACAUGCAAGUCAGUUUCCUCGCUGCAGUGUGAACGGCCUGCUGUUGUCCUCCAGUCCAGCAGGGGGGGCUGUAUGUAUCACAGACUGUGUGCCACUGCUCCACACGCACUUGUCCCUGGCUCCAAUCACACAGCUUGCUCUUACACAGGUCGAUGUUUGGUGUUUGCAAACACAGCAAAGGAUUGUGGGAUAUUAUCAAGCCAAUGCUUGUGUCUCAGACGGCAGCCCUACACCAUGUGCAUUGAAGAUUGCAGAGAAGAUCUUUGAGCAGUGUAACAAUGCCGUGUUGCUUAUGAUUGAUGGAGAAAAGAUGUUUCCAGGCUGCCGUGUUCCUCCGAUCGUGGUGUAUGAGCAUAAAGAUGGCCGCUGGGCUCUCAAAGACAAACACACAGUAAUGCUUCGGCAGUGGGAAGAAACCUGUUCCAUAGUUAAUCAGCUGCUCAGCUCUGGUGAUCAGACACUAUUGGUGGACUUUGACAGCCAUUUGGAUGACAUCACAAAAGAUUGGACCAAUCAGAAACUCAAUGCCAAGAUCAUGGAGCUGGUCUCCCCAGCCAAUGGAAAUGUUUAACCAUAUAGACUUAAGUCUGCUCACAUCAUAGUUUUUUCCCCUCUAUGUGUUGCCUAAAAAUUGUGUUUUUAAGAUUAUUUGACUCAGUGCAUCGUAUUUCAUUUUGACAUAUGUUAUAUACAUGAUGUCCUCAAUAUAUGCAAAAAUAACAAUCUUCUUUAGUUUGGUAUGAUUUGGUGUUUUGACCCUAAAAAUAAACACAAACAUUUAGGGGGAAUCGUAAAACAAGCAGCAUAUUUUUUCUUACUUUGAUCGUCUGUCAUUAAUUGGUUAGUUUUUAAGAUCUGUAUAUACAUCUAUCUAAACAUUAAAUUAAUCUGUAAUGAAACUACGUACGGUCCCUCAGGUGCUGUCACAACAUGAGGUU